AUCGAUGUACAUAGACCAGGGCUCCCAAAGUUGAGCUUCAAUGCCCUUGCGAGUUGGCUUGUUUCAUUGUAUGGGCCUGGCUGGCAAGCUGAACUGGCUGUUGGUGAGGCACAUACCGCAAGCACCCAGAUCGGUGAUCUUCUUCCCUGGGGAUAUUUCGGAUUUUGCAUCAAAGUAUGCACCCUACAGCUACUCCUUGGAGGGUCUGCUGUGGGUUCUGUGCUCCAAGUUCCCGGAGGACAAUGUGAUUUUGGUGAAACCUCGGAUGAUGAGGGAUCACUUUUCCAUUUAUGUCAACUUCAUGCAGGUUGACAGCAUGGGAAAUCCCAGAUACUUGGCGGAGACCAACAGCGAGGCCUCAGCAGAUCCCCCGGAGGCUGUGGCCGUCGAUCAUCUUCAACUCUUGUUAGCAUCUCUCUCCAAAGAAUUGGGCGAGGAGCUGCCAUCGCCUUUGCUUCUGCUGGGUUUUAGCAAGGGUGGAGCAGUGCUCAAUGCGCUGAUGCGAGAAGCCAAGGCUACUCUUUGGUCUCGGGUGCAAGCAGUGCAUUUCAUCGACACGGGGCUGAAUGUGCCUGGUGUCUUUGUGGUGCAGGGCCUACAGGAGCUCAAAGAGGUUGUGCCAGAGAACUUUGAGAUUUGGCUACAUUGUACUCCUCGUCAACUUGAGGAUCCCGGAAGACCUUUUGUGGCAAAGGAACAUGACGAAUUUCAGGAACGCUGCAAGUCCUUGGGCUUCGUGGUGCAUCGAAGGUUGUACGGUGAAGGCCUGCCGGUUAGUUUAGAGAUGCAUUUCGAUGCGAUCAGAUGCUUUGAGACAAGCCAAGAUGACAAGGAUUCGGGCCCCCGGCAUUGCGGUUUCUUCCGCUCCUGGCAAGAGAUCGCUGAUGCGGAAGGUUGACAUCGAAGAAAAAGUCGCGACAGCUGGCGUAGACUUCAAUCCUUGGCAUCCGAUGCUAUAGUUUGCUUGUU